CGUCUUCGCGGCGCAUGCGCAGUGAUUUGGCAGCGCUGCGCUGAGGUGGACUUCCUUUCAUUCAGACAGCGUGAAAGUCGCUCACCGGUUCAACAACCUAACCUCCGGAACAAAAGGAAGCAUAUUGGACAUCAUGAUAAUCCGGGUCGCCGCCUUCCUCACGCUACUGGUGGUCGCCUGUUCGGGAGAGACCUGCACGGAUCCAGUUAUCACUCCGUCGGCCUACACCACCUCUGACGCUGUCAUUUCCUCCGAGUCCGUCUUCAUCGUUGAGCUCGGCCUGACCUGUGCCAACGGAGCUCAGAGUGUGACUCUGUAUGCUGAUGUCAAUGGAAGACAGUUCCCUGUGACCAGAGGACAGGAUGUUGGUAAAUACCAGGUGUCCUGGAGUCUUCCUCACAAGCAAGCCGCCUCAGGAACCUAUCAGGUGAAAUUCUUCGAUGAGGAGUCCUACAGUGCCCUGCGCAAGGCUCAGAGAAACAAUGAAGAUGUAAACGCCAUUCAGCCUCUGUUCGCUGUCAACGUUGACCACAGGGGUGCAUGGAACGGCCCGUGGGUGUCAACUGAAGUGGUGGCAGCUCUGAUUGGUAUUUUAGUGUACUACUUGGCCUUCAGUGCCAAGAACACCAUCCAAGCAUAACCUGAUCCACAAUAAUGCUUCCACCUCUGGAUCAUUAAAGACUGAACUCUGGUGGAUUGGACUAACAAUCCGUUGUCCAGUGUUGCAGCAGAACCAGCAAUGUUUUGCUGCUUUAAAGGGCCAGAAAAAAAAAAAAGAAAGUGGCCUGUCUUUUUUUUUUUUUUUUUAAAUCAGAUUGUGCAACCACUUUUAUAACUUUUCAAAUUGAUUUAGUCACAAGUCGUCCUGUGAGUGCACAAAGGACUGUAAUUCUUUUUUUUCUGUGUGUGUGUGGGUAUGCUGGCCCGAGUGGGACUUGUGCAGAUGUUUUGAAUACCAACUGAGCUCCAUGCUCCUGAGAUGUGAAUAAUGUGUCGGUGCUGGCUGGCCUGAACAGGCCAAUGUAGACAUGUCUCUUCCAGGAAAAUGAAUAAAUGCCUUGUUCUAAUUUCAGUG